AUGAUUCCCUCGCGAAGCCUUGCGUUGUUGGCGGCGCGAUCCAGCAGCGCGCGGGCGCUACGAUCAUGGCCUUCGGCGACAAGACGGACUGAUUAUGGGCUGAUGAGAUGGCGAGCUGGGCAGAGAAUCUGGGAGACGACGACGACGACGAUGCCUUUGGCUGAGGGUGGUGCUACUGAGCAGAAGCAGGAUUCGUCUCCGUCUGAGGAGCAAGAGAGCGGGCGAUUCGAUGUCAAGUCUAACGAGUCGAUUCUCUUUUUCGACAAUUUGUUUCCCCUUAAGCUUACUCCGCUGUUGAGUCGCCAGACAGAAACAGAUCAGCAGCUGACAGACCUCAUGAAGCGCUUCAACAGCUCCUCUUUGGGCAUCAUGGAUCCAAUCCAAUUGGUCAAGAGAGCGAUACCGGAGAACUUGCCCAUCAAAGUGACGGAGAUUUUGCCACGGCUCAAGGACGGCGGAGCGUUUGUCAAGUUUGAGUACGAUGCUAGUCUGAAUGCUACAGACAUUGAGGCCAAGCUGUUGAAAAAGCUAAGAGAAGAGCCAAUCAAGCCGUGGUUCAAUCCCUUCCGCAGAAUUCGGGCCCGUCUCGUCCGUGGAGUUCCCUGGCUUGAGGAUCUGCAUCGAUAUCCAUCGCCUCUGCUCAUGGUGGAAUUCGUCCCUCCCGAACCUGGCGCUGCUCCCGAGGAGCUCCCCGAGGAAGUUCUUUACAGUCUCUUCCGCCGGUACGGAAAGAUUGCAGACAUUAUUCCUCAGCCGGCUGAUUCGAAAAUUACACCGCGAUAUGCUCAGAUUGGCUUUCCUACGCUGCGCGAUACCAUCAUGGCGCGGAACUGCCUGCAUGGCUUCGUUCUCAGCGAGGCUAAAGGAGGGGGCAAGAAUGGAACCAAGCUGCGGUUGUCCUACGUGAAGCGAGAAAAGGCCCACAGCAUAUGGAAUUGGAUCACGACGCAUCCUCGAAUUGUUAUCCCUAUCGUGGCCGCGCUCAUCGCCGGUGUCUCCGUCAUCAUCUUUGAUCCUAUUCGAAUGUUCUUCAUCAAAGUGCACGUGCAGCACUCUCUUCGCUAUACGGACUGGAGAAUUUACAAGUGGUUCAGGUCACAGGCAGGAAGCUUCUCUUUUCACAAGAAGGAAGAGCAUAUCGAAGGUCUUGGGACGAUAUGGAAACACCGCAAGGAUCUCAUCGAACAGCUACAAAGCUGGCUUGAUGGCAGCUCGGAUACUUUUAUUGUCGUCACUGGUCCAAGAGGUUCUGGAAAAGCCGAGAUGGUCAUGAGUCAAACCUUGAGUGGACGCAAAAAUGUCGUUCUCAUUGAUUGCAAACCGAUUACGGAAGCUAACGGCGAAGCUGGUACCAUCAGUAGACUGGCGGCGGCAGUUGGAUAUCGGCCGGUGUUCUCAUGGGCAAACAGUAUCAGCAGCAUGAUUGAUCUCGCAGUUCAGGGCACGACAGGCGUCAAAUCUGGAUUUUCGGAGACGCUGGAAUCGCAGCUGAACAAGAUCCUGCACACCACUGCCACCGCUCUCAAGCAUGUCGCCCUUUCGGAACGACACAAAACAGACAAGGAUGCCAAUAUUUCCGAGGAUGCGUACUUGGAGGCUCACCCGGAGCAACGCCCAAUCAUUGUCGUUGACAAUUUUCUUCACAAGAACGAAGACUCUAGCAUUGUGUACGACAUGAUUGCAGAUUGGGCAGCAACAGUUGUCCAGAACAACAUUGCCCACGUAGUGUUCCUCACCAGCGACUCUGCCUACUCAAAGUCCCUUACCAAAGCCAUGCCAGACAGAGUCUUCCGCACUCUAUCCUUGGGUGAUUUGGAUGCCGAUGUGGCAAAGAACUUCGUCAUCACACGUGUGGAAGAGGAUUUGAGACGUGAGGCACAAGAGGAGGCAGAGCUAGGCGAGGAGAACAAGAAACCAUCUCAGCGGCCCAGCUUGGCGGGAUUGGACGAUGGCAUCAAGGUUCUGGGCGGCCGCUUGACAGAUCUCGAGUUCCUAGCCCGGCGACUCAGGGCUGGGCAAACACCUCAGGAGGCUGUGGAAGAGAUUGUCACUGAAGAUGCCACUGACAUUGUCAAGAUGUAUCUUCUCGGAAGGACAGCCGACGCGGACAGGCGAUGGUCUAUCGAACAGGCGUGGCACCUGAUCAAGGCCCUCUCUGAAAACCCAACCCUGCGCUACCACCAAGUUCUUCUCUCGCCUACUUUCGCAUCAUCCCUCUCAUCCAACGCAACGAACGGAGAGGCUGCCAUUGAGAGUCUCGCCGGCACAGAGCUCAUCACCGUCCAGACGUACCAGGGACGGCCUCAGACGAUCAUAGCCGGCAAGCCCCUCCACCAGGCGGCGUUUGGCCUCCUCGUCAAGGACCGCGUGCUCCGCGCAAAGAUGGACCUGGCGGUUCUCAACGAAAUGGCCAAGGUCGAGGCCAAGAACAUUGACACGGUGGAAAAGGAGCUACAGCUGCUGGGCGGGCUGCCGCGGCAUACCGGGGAGUCGGCGGGCAGAGUCAUGUAUUUGUUGGGGAAGCUGGAUGCUGGGCAGAGGAAGAUUGCGCAGCUGGAGAGGGAGAUGGGUGGCUUGAAGAAGAUUAUGAAUGAGGAGUUUUGA